CAACCAGAGUUCGAGUCACUAAAGUGCUAGUUUUAUAAGUAUUUACUGUAUUUUAAUAUAGAAACUAGAUUUUUAUCCGUACUUUGAAAGCGCAUUUUUUAUUAUAAACAAAUUUUAAUAUAAAUUAAUAUUUUGAAAAUUUUAUACAUUAUUAUACUACAAAGUCGUAUUAUAUAAAAUAAUAAAUUUUAAAAAAUUAUAUAAUUUAUUAAUUAGUUUAUUUGAAAUUUUGUAUGUACAAUUUUAUUUAGAUCUCUCGUAGGCAUGAGAUAUGAGUCCUACUCGAAACCCGAUUGGGUACCCAAAGUAUCCAAAAUUUAUUUUUGAUAUAUUAGGUAUAUUUAUGUAUUUUGGAUAUAUUUUCGGUAUUCUAUAUAUUUCUAAGUUUUGGGUUUAGGGUUAAUUAAUACAUGUAUAUUAAUUCCUUAAAAUGUUGUGAUGGAAAUGCUAUAUGUAAGUUUGCUAUAAUAUUGUCAUGAAUGUGAUGACCCACUUAAAUAAUAGAUGUCUAUGAUUAUAUGGAUCAUUAAAAUCUUGUUAUGGUGUAUAAUGUUAGUUCUUUGAUUUCUCAGAUUGGUGAGUGGUGGUUUAAACAAUGUCUAGCUUGCCCCGCAUGGUGGUGUGAACAUGACGAUACUUGGGGAAGAUGUUCAUGUAGGUGAUGAGAUAUAUAGAAAUGGAGGAGUUGUUUUGCCUCACAAGAAGAUGUGAAAGUGGUAUAUUUAGUGGUUUAGACUAAUCGUAUACACAUAUAUAUAAUGUUUGUAUAUAGUAUUUGUAUCUAAUGGUGGUGUGAAAGUGGUAUAUUUAGUGGUUUAGACUAAACGUAUGUACAUAUAUAAUAUCCAAUGGUUUCGAUUAUAAAAUGUAAUAAUGGUUAUUUAAUUAUGAGAUUCUAUGUAGCAAAGAAAAAGAUGUAAUAGAGCUUGGAACAAAAUAGGUUUUAUUUAAUUCUUUGAAGAUAUUUUCUUGUUGAUAUAAUAGAGGUUAGUUAUAAUAUUUAGAAUAUGUAAUAUACUGGGCUAAAAAAUGAAAUGGUGCAACAACUUUUCAUAGGUAGAUAUUUAAGACUCCUUCUCCUUUAAUAGUAUUGAUACCAUAUAUCUCCUAUAUAUUAAUCAUGAAGCAUUACAACAUAUUUUCGUAGCUACAUGUCAAUCACUAGGAUGAUUCUUAGAAUCCUUAGAAAAAUAAAUUGGUCCAUAUAAAUAUAUAUGAUACUUUUUAUUAAACUAACUACAAAUUGAUUACAAAAGAAUAUUUUUGAUUAUUACCUUAAAUAAAUGCAACGGAAUUAUCUAAUAUGUUAAACAUAUAUAUGAAAAUUAAUGAUAUGAAUAAUACAUAUUUGAUAACAAUUUUUGUAUCAUCUCUCUUUUUUAUUAACUAGGUGAUUUUUUCAUGCUCAUGCACGUGUAUAAAUAUUUCUGAAGUAAAUAUACUAUAAUAAUUGAUUGCUAUUUACUUUUAAUUUUAAAUUAAUUUAUAAUUUGUAUGCAUCAUUUAUAUUAAUAAUAUUAUAUUACUUUAAUUAUACAUAUGAUUUUAUAUAUGUUAUAUCUAAUCGGUUUUGUUGUUUUACAGUCGAUUUUUAUCAUUUAGGUAAAUUGGAUUGCAUCUCUGAAUUCAACUGUAAUAUUGUUUAUUCUAUAUAUUAAAAUUUUGAUUAAUUUCUUAUUUUCAUUUAGGUGGUUGUUGUCUUAGAUAUGUAAAUAUAUUUUAUGAAGAUUAUGUAUAACUUAAGAUAGAUUGUUCUUAGAAUGAAAUAAAUAAAAAAUAAACUAAAGUGUCUGAUUCCAAAUUACAUAAAUUAAUAUAAUGAUAAUAUUUUGAAGUCUCAUGUAUAUAUAUAAAUUUUUCAAAAGAACUAAAUUGUAACAGUUGGUUAUUUUAUUUUCAUUUUUAAUAUGUUUUGAGUCUUCCUAUGAUUUAUAUUUAUAGAAUAUAUUACUAUUAUUAUAAAAUUAUAUAUUAUUAUCGUAGUUAAAUCUAUGAUUUUAAAUAUACGUUGGAUUAGUCGAGUUACUCAUGUUGUGAAUAUAUUGAGUUACAUAUAUUCUUUCAAAUUCAAAAUGAAGUAUAAUUAUUUUUUAUCAUAAUUAAGUCAUAUCAAAUCAAUUUAAUUUAUCGUUUACAUGUGCAUGUAUUUUCAUAAUAUUUAUCAAAUUACAUGUUGAUUUUUUUUUAAAAUAUAUUAGAAAAUAAAGCGAUGAUCAAUAGGAAGUUAGACCAUCUCCAUCCAUGAGAACCCCCUAAGGGGUUCUUUUGAUUUAAUUAAGAAUAAAAAAGGUGAUUUGUAUCCUUAAGAACCUUAGUUAGAGGAAUUUUUUUUUCUCCUCCAAUGGGAGAACCCCAUAGGGGUUCUUAAAUUUUUUUUUUUUUUUAAUUAGAAUGAUUUGCAUGGACGGCUCCGAGGAGAAGAACGGCGAAGAGAGAAACAGAUCAAACAUCAUCUACCUUUCACAGCGACGAAGAGAGAGCGGCGAAGAGAAGCGGCCAAGAACGAGAGAGAUGGAUCGAUUGCGAGAGACGGAUCGGUUGCGAGAGAGACGGUUUGAUUGCAAGCGGCCAAGAGCGGAGAUCCUCGGUGGGGAGGAGUCAUCGACAAUAUCGAAGAAAAGAGAGACUGAUCGAUUGCGAUAGAGAAGAGAAGCAGCAACCUCUCUCGAGCCAAUAUCAUUUUGCCACAUAUGGGGUUAUUACGGAUUCUACAACCACCAAAUACAGGACCGGUUCUGGCGUUUAAUUUCAUUUUUCAUCUAAAUUUUUUUUUUUUUGGUAUAAAACCCCUCUAAACAACCCCCGAUGGAGCUGCUCUUACAUGCAUAAGUAGCUGAUACAUUUUUGGAAGCUCUUGAACACAUAUCAAUAUUUACAAUAAUUAAAAUCUUUUAUACAUUCUAAAUAACUUUAUGCCAUUGGUUUAUUAAAUGGAAACUGAUAUUUAUUUUAAAUAAUUAUAAAAAUGAGAAUUCAGAUUUGCUUUUGUAUUUUGAUUAUGGCUCAAUUAAGUUUCACAAACAUAAAAACAUAAAAUUUAGAAGCAAAUUUAAUAUUAAGAAAACAAAUAACUUUAGUAAUGAUAAAAUAUAAUAUAUUUACCUCAUUAUUGUAACUAUUUAAUGAAACGAUUUUUUUAAAAUGUUUUUUAAAAAUAAGCAGUAACAAAAAUUGUGAUUUUAUUUGAAAAUAAUAUUAUAUAAGUAAAAUAUAAUUUAUCAAUAUUUUUUUGCUGUAAUUGAAAGACAUUAUAGUCAACUAAAUAUAUGAAAAUAAAUAAAACAUUUCAAUAAUACUAAUUAUAAACUAUUUUUAGUCAAUUAAACAUAUAUCAGUUUAUGUUACUUAAUUAUUUUUUGUAAUCAUCUAAGAAAAUAGAUAGAUAUAUAAAAAAUAUUUCUAUCACCUUAAAUUUAUAUGUAUUGUUUAUAAUUAUGUUUUAAAAUAAAUUAUAUUUCUUUUUCUUAUAUCAAGAUUAUCUGUGUAAAGUUUUUUAAUGAAUUUAAAUUAUAAACAUAUUUAUACUAGGUGAUUCUCCCAUGCUCAUGCACGGACAUAAAUAUUUAUAAAAUUAAUGUAUUAUAAUUAACUGAUAUUUACUUUUGAUUUUCAAUCAAUUUAUUAUUUAUCUAUCUAAUUUAUAUUAAUAAUUUUAUAUUAUUUUAAUUAGAUAUAUAUGAUUUUGGACAUAUUAUAUCUUGUCGGUUUGGUUGUUUUUGGGUCAACAAUCGAUUUGUCUAUAACUUGAGUAUAUUGAGCUACAUAUACUCUUUCAAAUUCAAACUCAAGUAUAAUUAUUUUGAUACUAAUAAAGUGAAAUCAAAUUAGUUUUAUUUCUAGCUUAAAUGUGCAUGUAUUUUAAUAAUAUUUAUCAAAAUGUUAUUUUGAUUUUUUUAAAUAUUAGAAAAUAAAGGGAUGAUCAAUAAGAAUUUACAUACAUAAGAAUAGCUGAUUAAUUUAUGUAAGCUCAUAAAUGAAUAUUAAUAUUUAGAAUAAUUAAAAUAUUUUAUAACUUUUUAAUACUUGUAUGCCUUAGAUUUAUUGAAAGGUAAACUGAAAUUCAUUUUAAAUAAUUUUGAAAAUGAGAAUUCAGAUUUGUUUGAGUAUUUUGAUUAUGGGUAUAUUAAGUUACACAAACAUAAAGAAAACAUAAACUUAAAAAGAAACUAAAUAAUUAAUUUUUUUAAUAAUGAUAAAAUACAUAUAUAAUAAUAUAUGAUUGAUAGUUUAAUUUUAAUUUUAAAUUAAUUUAUAAUUUAUAUGUAUAAUUUAUAUUAAUAAUAUUAUAAUAAUUUAAUUAGACAUGAUUUUGGAUAUGUUAUAUCUAGUCGGUUCUUUUGUUUUCACAGUAGAUUUAAUUAUCAUUUAGACAUAUUGGAUUGCAUUUAUUUCUCUGAAUUCAACUAUAAUAUUUUUUACUCUAAAUAUAUUAAAGUUUUUAUUAAUUUUAUUAUUUGCAUUUAGGUUGGUUAUUUUUUUAUAUAUGUAAAUGUAUUUUAGUAAGAUUAUGUAUAGCUUAAAAUCACCUAGGGCUUUCAGAUUUUUUUUAAUUCCCCUGAAAAAUUAAAACCGCACACACUUACAAACUAAGACUAAAAAACGACACACAUUAACAACCUAAAACACAAAAACAACACAAACCUAAAACCAAAACCACAUGUUUCUCAACAUAUGCGGGUGCCCACUAACCCGAUACCAGAAUUAUUAAGACCUGCGCCUGCCCCGCUAUUUAUGGCACGAUCCGCCUGACCCACAUUUUGUAAAACCCAAUUUUUUUUGGGUCCACCGCCCUGCAGUGGACCUAAUGGACCGGGUCCCGCGGGAAAAGAGUCAAAUUCCCAGUGCUACAUCCGCUUCUCUAAAAUAAUUUGUUGAGCUUUUACGAAAACUAAAUGAAGUUGAAAAGUCUAGCAAUCAUUAUGAGGAAAUCUGCAUUAUAUAGCUGGGAAACUCAAUACAGUUUCAAGGGGCUGGGCUGCACUCAUAUUAUUAUAUACCAACUACCUGAAGAACCAAGACUGAUGGUAUAUGUAAUACUAAUGAUUCAAUUCAAUUCAUCAAUAAUAUUUUCAUCAAUAAUAUUUUAUUGAAAAUCUCUCGAAAAAUCUUAGAAAAAUUAUUUAAUCAGGUUUAUGCGACAACACCCGUGUGUUUUACCGCUAACCAAUUCCUAAUAUAUCUAAAUUUUGUUUUCAAGAAUUUCUGUAAUAUGAUAUGCUACUUGAUUAUUGUUUUUCACUACAACUUACUCUUUUAUCAAAAUAAAAUUACCUUUAUCAUAAAGCUUUUUUAAUGUGGCCAUAUGCUUAAAUACACGCUAAAUUAUUAUAAAUUUUAUUUUUUUAUUUAUAGGACACAUAAUAAAUUAUGAUUUUUAUUUAAUAUGCACAUGUUUUAUCAUAUAUAUAUAUCGAAUUUUAUAAUAACGAAUAUGGAAAGAAAUUUUCACUGCGUGAUGGUGUUUAAAAGACCCAAACUUCUAUUUGUUGAAAUAGAUUUUUGUUACAACUUACAACUCAUGGUUACAAGUUUUAAAAACAGAAAUGUUACUUGAAUAUGUGUUUUUUUUACUUGAAUAUGUGUUGUAUAAGCUAAAAUGAUAAUAUGACCAGUUAGUUACUUUAACUCACAUAAAAUAGUUGCCUAGGUGGCCAGGGAUUAUAACACACCUAAAUGUUUGAAAAAUCAAUCGAUAUCUUUACUUAAUUAAGAAAAAGUAGAAAAAGAAAUUAAAAAACAACGCAUUGACUUCCCAAAAAUUACUGGCUUCCAGAAUCUGGUAAAACGUUUUUACUAUAUAAAUCAUCUCUAUCUAUCCACUUUUUUUACUAAAUCAUCUUUGUUUUACAACACAAUAAACAAAACUAUACACUUUGAAUUACACAUUCACAGUACUUAUGGCAGCUCAAGUGUUAAAUAAAACUUAUAGGGCAUUCAUGAUUUUAACUUUAUUUACAAUGAUUUGUUCGAUACAAGUUUCUGAUUCAAUCCCAAGAGAUGUGUGUAUAAAAGAUUGCGUCAUAAAUCAAUGCAUGAAAGCAUCAAAAAAAACAACUCCAGCAAUUUGUGACAACCCGUGCAAGAUCAUUUGUGAUCCAAUGAAUAACGAGCGAUACAUUACCCCUAGGCAAGGUUAUCGAAAUCCUGUAAAAAGGUUUUGUGAAACAUUUGGCUGGAUAUGUCAGUAACUGGGAAAAUAUUUCUACAACAAAACUGGAAAACUAAGCGUCUAAUUUAUUUUUAAUGUAUAUUUAUAUGUUAUAUUGUUUGAGCUAUAUAUAUAUACCUCAUUAAAAGUAUAUGCUAUUUAAAAAGAUUUUGUAAUUAUUCAAUCAAAAUAUGCUUAUCAUAAAAAAAUAUUUUAGGUUCCAUUUUUAAUCUCUUAAAGAUCAGCACUAAAAUUGUGAUUUUUUUGUGAAAUCAUAUUAUAUAAGUAAAAUAUAACUUAUAGGUAUUUUGCGGUAAUUGUAAGAUAUUAUAAUCAGCCAAAUAUUAUGAAAAACAUUUCAACAAUAAUAAUUAUACACUAUUUUAGUCAAUUAAACAAAUAUCGGUUUAUGUUAUUUAAUUAUUUUUAUGUAAUCAUCUAAGAAAUAGAUAGAUAUAAAGAAAAUAUUUCUAUUACUUUAAAAAUAUAAUUAUUUUAUAUUGUAUAAAUUAUGUUUUAACGGAAUAAUAUUUAUUUUUAAUAUCAAGAAUAUCCUUGUGAACUUUUUUUUAUGAAAUUACAUUAUAUACAAUAUAUAUUUAUGUUUCACCUAAGAAAAAAUAUAUAUA